AUGCCAGUGGUGCUCUCACUGGUGUGGACCGGUCUAGUCCACCUUUUUCCCGACGACCUCGAUACCCGUCUAGGCGCCUGGGUCUUCCCCGGCGGACAACCGUCUAUAUUCUCUCACUGGGCCACUCACGGGGUCACUCCCGUGCAAUGCCACUCACACAAUGACUACUGGCGGCCAGUCCCGCUCUUAUCAGCCAUGAAAGCCGGCUGCAUCGGCGUCGAGGCGGACGUCUGGCUCUCCGGAGAAGAUCUCCUCGUCGGCCACAACCGUUUCACAUUACACCACGCCGCCACACUACGUAGUCUAUACCUUGAUCCGCUGCUGGAUCUUCUUGAGCAGCAUAACACCCGCUCCAGUCGGCUGCAGCCCGACAGAAAUCAGGAUCUGGCAGGUGUGUUUGCUCACGACCCAUCCCAGCCACUCGUUCUUCUCAUCGAUUUCAAAAUGGACGGCAACGAUACAUGGCCCUACCUGGUUGAGCAACUCGCACCGCUUCGUGAGGCAGGAUACCUUACGCAUUUCGAUGGAGCGGAGAUGGUCCAGCGCCCUGUGACAAUUGUCAUCUCGGGCUAUGCCCCCUUCCAUCUUAUUACUGCGAAUAGUACCUACCGUGACAUAUUCCUCGACGCUCCCUUGGAUAAACUAGAUCAAAGCGUUCCGGAAUCUAACACAGGGGAACCUUUAUCAGCUGCAGGUGCCGGCUAUAACUAUACAAACAGCUACUACGCCUCCGUCGACUUUCGCAAGACGAUUGGAUCGCUAUCCCGGAACCGCUUCUCGCAGGACCAGCUUUCUCGCGUCCGCGAACAAGUCGCAGCGGCUCAUGAUCGCGGCCUCAAGGUCAGGUACUGGGGGACCCCGACGUGGCCGCGGGGCCUGCGGAAUCAUGUCUGGCAUGUUUUGGUUCGCGAGGGGGUGGAUUAUAUCAAUGUGGACGAUUUGGCUGAGGGGACGAUGCAGGAUUGGAGGAAACAUCGGAGUUGGUGGUUUUGA